AUGUCUUCUCAGCCUACUUUCGAAGAACUCGUGGCGGAAGCCGUCGCCUUCGGCAUAGAUUUCAGCACGCCCAUAGAUGACAGCACACCUAUUGAAGAGCUCAGGGCCACGCUAGAAUUUUGGUCUGUUGAAUUGCACCAAACCACCUCGCCUCCAACCAAGCCAACUUCCCUUGAGCUACUUGAAGCUGCAUCAACCUACCUUACUUCUGCACCUGAGGACAACGAGUGCGCAAUCUGCGUUACCGAACUUGUGAUCGCCACCACUAAACCCAAAGCCAAUACGGAAAAUGUGUAUCAAACCGACACAGCUAUCAAGCUGAAUGCCUGCGGUCAUCUUUUCCACGGCGGUUGCUUGCUGCAGUGGUUGAAGAGGGCAAACACCUGCCCAUAUUGCCGUCGACGCGUGUGCGAGGAGGAAACCAAGGAAGAGGAGGAGUGGGACGCCACUACAAACUGGUGGGCCGAAGAGAGGUUUGGGUCUCUGGAUACAUUCUGGUGGGUUUGA